GAGAAGAAAACUUGCUGGCAAUUUUGAAAAGGAGAUGGUGGAAGUACAUGAUCCUGGGGAUAAUAGAUAUAGAAGCCAAUUACCUGGUAGUCAAAGCUUAUCAAUACACCACUCUUACUAGUGUACAGCUCCUUGACUGUUUUGUCAUCCCAGUGGUGAUACUGCUCUCCUGGUUCUUCUUACUGGUACGAUACAAGGCAGUACAUUUCAUUGGGAUCGUGGUGUGCAUUCUGGGCAUGGGAUGCAUGGCAGGAGCAGAUGUCCUCGUUGGGAGACAGCAAGGAGCAGGUGAAAAUAAACUGAUAGGGGAUCUCUUAGUACUGGGCGGAGCAACGCUAUACGGCAUCUCGAAUGUUUGUGAGGAGUAUAUCGUCCGAAAUCUGAGUCGAGUGGAAUUCCUGGGCAUGAUCGGGCUCUUUGGUUCCUUCUUCAGCGGAAUUCAGCUUGCAAUCAUGGAACACAAAGAGCUGUUGAAAGUUCCCUGGGAUUGGCAAAUAG